AUGGGUCUGUUUCCUUCUUCCUAUGGUAACCGUUACAUCUUGCUAGCCGUUGAUUACGUAUCAAAGUGGGUGGAAGCUAUAGCUACUCCAACUAACGAUGCUCGUGUGGUAAGUAAAAUUUUCAAGAAAACUAUUUUCCCACGAUUUGGUAUCCCACGUGUGUUGAUUAGUGACAGGGGCACACAUUUCUUGGAGCAUCGAUUUGAGGCAAUGCUAAAGAAGUAUGGAGUACAACUCCGGCCUAGAAUUGGCUAUCACCCUCAAACAAGUGGCCAAGUUGAAGUAUCCAACCGAGAGAUUAAGUCUAUCAUUGAGAAAACAGUAGCAAGGACAAGGAAGGAUUGGUCCGCAAAGAUAGAUGAUGCAUUAUGGGCGUACCAAACAGGUUUCAAAACGGCAAUUGGUACAACUCCAUAUAGACUUGUCUAUGGGAAAGCAUGCCACCUGCCCGUUGAGCUAGAACAUCGAGCAUUUUGGGCCAUUAAAAGCUUGAAUUUCGAUGCUAAGGCAGCGGGAGAAAAGAGGUUGUCACAACUGAAUGAACUAGAUAAGCUCCAUCUCGAAGCUUAUGAGAGUUCAAAACUAUAUAAGGAGAAAACAAAGAGAUGGCAUGACAAGAACCUUGUGAGGAGAGAGUUCAAGGAAGGAGAUCAAGUCCUUUUAUUCAACUCGAGGUUGAAGCUAUUUCCUGGUAAGCUUCGAUCUAGAUGGUCAAGUCCAUUCAAGGUUAAGAAGGUGUAUCCCUACGGCACCAUUGAACUAGGAAACGCAAAAGGGGAAACCUUCAAGGUUAAUGGGCAAAGAGUGAAGCAUUAUUAA